CUGCGCGUCUCAUCCUUCAUCUUCUUCUGGUACUUCCUCAACGCCAUCUUCGCGAUCAUCAACAAGAGGACGCUCUCGGUGUUCCCUUACCCGUGGCUGCUCUCGUGGGUCCAGAUCGCGGUCGGCGCGGCUUUCAUGCUCGUGAUGUGGCGCCUGCGCGUGUUCAAGCCCCCGUCCACCGUCGGAUUCGACGCGAAGUCGUGGAAAGCGCUGUGGCCGACCUCGUGCCUCCACCUCGUAGCGCACGUCACGGCGUGCGCUUCGUACAGCCUAGGGUCGGUGUCGUUCAUGCAGGUGGUGAAGGCUGGGGAGCCCGCGUGCUCCGUGAUUUUGCUCACGCUCUUUUUCGGACGGAAGUACUCCAAGCUGGUGUGGCUGACGCUGAUCCCGAUCGUCGGCGGCGUCGCCGUGGGAAGCACCACCGAGCUCAACUUCUCGAUGGCGUCGUUCGUGUGCGCGAUGAUCUCCAACGUGGCGUCCGCGCUUCGCAGCGUGACGUCCAAGGACCUGCAGGACGCGACGGGCCUAAGAGGGAUCAACCUGUACGGCGCGAUGUCCGUCGUCGGCGCCGUCGUGCUCCUUCCGAUAUCGCUCAUCGUCGAGGGCGCGAAGCUGCCGGCGGCGUUCGCGUCGGCGCCCGCGGGGAUGGCGGCGAAGGGAAUCACCCUCUUCGGCGCGACCGUGCCGUUUCUGGCGUACCUGUUCGUCGGAUCGAUGCUGUUCCACCUGUACAAUCAGACGAGCUACCAGGCGCUCGGCGAGCUGUCGCCGCUGGACAUUUCGGUUGCCAAUGCGGUGAAGAGGGUGGUCAUCAUCCUGGCGUCGGUGGCGGUUUUCAGGAACCCGAUCACUCCGCUCGGCGCGUGGGCGGGCGCGGUGGCGAUCCUGGGCACGUUUCUCUAUUCACUCGCGGCGCAG